GGACUCGCGAAAAACGAUCGACUGUGGGAAAGUUUUACCUGUCUGAAGGCUCGCUCGUACGCAGAGUCGUUCAUAGACACGUGGCACCGCAUCAGUCGAUCACCUCACUCUCACGCACACCAACGCGCUGCUUCCGCCUAUCGGUAUAGGCUCACAGCCGGUGCACACACACCCACAGUCUCACACACGGGCGACAAAUAACAUCACACCACACACACACAUGCAGGCAGACAGGCAGACAGCCCUCUCACGUUCAUAUCAUGUCAGGGAGCCAUCCCUAGCACCAUCCAUCCAUCCAUCCAUCCAUUUCACCCGACCAUCUGUCCAUCGUUACGCACACACACAUGCACAAUUAGAAACUCCAUUGGGACUCGGCCGGCCUCCGCGAGAUGUAAAUCGCUUGAAAUGCACCGCCUUAAACUUCAUUCUCCAGACCACAGUAAUCACGCUCAAUAAUCCUCUGGGCCAGGACCAACCGGCUGCAACCACACAGAGAGAUCCGAGCAAGCCCUUCGUGUGUUCCGUGCUAUGUGUCUGGUGUACAGUACCAUUGGCUUCUUCUCUUCCUCUUCCCUCUCGACCAUCAUUCCCUCAGUGGUGAGGACCAGGCCGGCGACCGAGGCGGCGUUCUCGAUGGCGGCCACGAUGACCUUGGCGGGGUCGAUGACGCCCAUCCCGAUCAUGUCGCCGAACUUGCUCGUCUUGGCGUUCCAACCAAACCUGAGAAAGAAAGAGCGACAGACGGCAUUGCGUCGGUCGUCUUGUGUCUUGUGUCAUGUGUGCGGUGUGUGGUGGUGGUACCCGAAUGGCUUCCCCGAGUUCAUGAUGACGUCGACGAUCCGCUCGCCGCUGACGCCCGCGUUGUCUGCGAUUUGUUGGGUGAUGGACCGCAUGGCCUCGAUGAUGAUCUUGGCGCCCGCCUUCUGCAGCUCGAUCUCACUCUCCAUCUCCUCUGCCAGUCAACAUCAACACCACACACAGACCGACCAAUGGAUGUGGUCUUUUCUUUCUUAUGGCAGUGCAGUGCACAUACGUACCGGCUCCGACGUUCUCAACGUACUGCUCGCCGGUUUCCUCGUCGAUGCCCAAGAGCUCCGCCUUGGCGGACUUCUCCACCUCGGCCAGCACCUGCUCCUCAAAGGCCGGGUUCGCCACCGCCAGGUAGGUCACGCCGCCUCCAGGCACAUAGCCGGUCUCCAUUGCCGCGCGCACCGCAUUGAUGGCGUCCUCAUACCUAGAUGGAAUGAACGGCGCAUCGAGCGGGGUGAGAAUGCGGCUCUGUUGGCUGGCUCACCUGAGUUUCUUCUCUUUCUGUUCUGUCUCGGUGGCGGCUCCGAUCAUGAUUCUGGCGAUGCCGCCCGAGAGAGCGGCGAUCCUCUCGUCGAGCUUCUCCCUGUCGAACUUGGAGGUGGACUUCUCCUUCUCGCCUCGCAGCUGCUCGAUGCGCGCAUCGAUGUUGGCUGCACCACACACACACGCACACACGGGGAGUCCAAGGCAAUGAGGUCCGUCCGAUAUGCCGAGAGGCAUCGACAGCUCACGUUUGAAUCUGGGGUAGGUGAUGAUGCUGGUGCGCUCCUUCCUGACGACGGCUGCCUGCGCCACGCCCAGGAGGUCCGGUGUGGCGUCUUCGAGCAUGACGCCGAUGUCCUUGGAGAUGAGCGUGGCGUUGGUGGCGAUGGCGAUGUCGCGGAGGUAGUCCUUGCGCCGCUCGCCGAAAGAGGGGGCCUUGACGCCACACUGAGGUCACAUAGUCACAUGAAAGGGCAAGAAGGACAUGUCUUGUGGGGGGAAUGGGAGGGUGAAUGGUCGCAUGGGAGGGGAGGGGGUGUUGUGUUGGGUGGCUGACUGACCACUUUGAGGAGCCCUCUCAUUUUGUUGAUGACGAGUGUCUGCAUGGCCUCGGGGCCGAAGUCCUCAGCAAUGAUCAGGAGGUUCUCCUGCACACCAUACACAGCAAGAGAGACGAAUGACUGCAUCCCUGCGGUCGGUUGUGUCCUCGCCCCCUCUCAAUGAGUCCCUGUAUGUGCGCACCUUGGUCUUGACAAAGUACUCGAGCAGCCGGAUGAUGGCCUGUGCCGACUCGACUUUGUAAUCGACGACCAGCACUCGCGGGUUCUGAUAGUCGAUGAUGUCACGCUCCUCGCCCUACGCACGACAACACACACACACGCCGCGAGCAAUGUGUGGCGGAUGACUGAUGUUUCUGUCGUUGGGUCUUGGCUGACCACAAGGAAGUAUGGCGAGGCCCAGCCCCUAUCGAAUGUGUAGCCCUCAGUGAAUUCGAGCUCGUCCUCAAGUGCGGGGUUCUCCUCCAGGAUGGUGGCCGCAUUGGCACCCAGCUUGUCGAACGCCUCGGCAAUCACCUCGCCCAUACCUGCACACACGCACACGCGCGCGCACACACACACACACACACAAUGUGGAGAGCCGCCUGUGGGAUUUGGUACGAAGGGUUGCGUACCGGUGUUUCCGCUUGUGGCGACCGUUGCGAUGUUGUUGAGGUCCUUCUUGCCGUCGACGGGCUUGGCCAGCCGCCGCACCUCGUCCAUCAUCAUCUUGGACGCCUUCUGGAUGCCCCUGACAAAACAGCCACGCAGCAACACACGCGAACGACACCAUUGAUGGAGCAGAGCAGAGCACCCCUGAUUUGAUUGGGCCUCCAUCCGUGUCACGAGGCGCUGUGCCUACUUUUGUAUUGGGAUGGGGUUGUGUCCGGCGUUGACGUACUUGACGCCGGCCUUGCAGAUCUCGCUGGUGAUGAUGGUCGUGCUGGUCGUCCCGUCGCCUGCCCUGUCGUCACUCGUGGCCGCGACCUCCUGCACUAACUUGGCACCUGAACGCAACGCAGCGCAAUGCAAUGCAUCUGGCUGGCCGUCUGUGUCUGCUCACCAGCAUUGAGCUUUCUGUCCUUGAGCUCGAUGUUCCUCGCAAUCGUCACCCCGUCAUUCACCUGAGCAGCGAAGCACGUAACGCACAGAGAGCAUCUCACUGCCACUGCCCCCGUGGUGUGUGUGUGUGUGUGUGUGACAUUGGCUGGCUUACGAUCAUGGGAGGUCCGUACUCCUUUUCGAGCAGGACGUUUCUGCCUCUUGGUCCAAGGGUGACACGCACGGCAGCCGCCACCUGCUCGAUGCCGUCCAGCAGGUAGUUCCGGCACGGGUCAGACAGAAUGAUCUCCUUGAACUUGCGACCCUGAUCACAGACAGGACAACACACACACACACACACAGACACACACGAAGACAGACGGUAAGUCAGUCAGGGUAGUGAUUGCUCGGGUGAAUGCAGCCUCACAGACUCAUUGCCCACGACCCACUGGACACGCACACCUCCCCUCGCACAUGGCUGGCCUCAUCCACUACAAACUCGUGAUAGAUCUGUCUGUCUGCCCCCUCCCCUCCCUCUCAGCCAUCCCUAAUCCACGCACCUACCUGCAUCUGCAGGCUGCUGGAUCCUCUCUGGUGCCGCAUUGCCCUGAUUGGCGCAUGGUGCCUCCUCUGCAGCAGGCCAGGUCGUCGUAGAGCUGCAUUCGGCGCGACAAAUGCGUCCGUUCUUCUGAGUGCAUUGACGACAUGGACGAGAACGGCAAGCAGUGAUGCGACAAGCGCACCCAUCGUCACGGGUGGAAGCGGCCGCAUGAAGAGGCGGAGGUCUGAGGCCGUCCUGCCCUGGAGAUCUGCCGCGAAACUGACCAGCAAGCUCAGCUCGCAGACGCCAAAAAUUCUCUGAUGGCGGCAUCUCUCUUCGCAAGCAAGCAAGGUGAGCGUCCACAGUUGCAGAGAUCUGUCCUUGGGGCUGCUUGCCCAGCCAAUCCGGAUGUUCCACCCGACGACGGCGGACGCUUCGCCUCCCCGUGGAUCUUCGCCUGCGCGCAUGAGGGACGAGGUAGGAGGGAGGAGAUUCACGACACGCUCGUGCUCUUCGGCACGAUUCCUGUGACUCGGUU